CACAAACACAGAACCUGACUGAGGACAAGACAUAAGUCUUAUCUCCCACAGGAUCAGAGGUUGCAGCAAUGGAACUGGUCUCAACAUCAGUUGGCAAGUUUACGGUUGAUCUUUUCAACAAGCUGAAUGAGGCAAACAAGGGCAAAAACAUUUUCUUUUCCCCCUGGAGUGUAUCAUCUGCUAUGGCUCUGGUGUACCUGGGUGCAAAAGGCAAUACAGCAAUAGAGAUGGCAGAGGUUCUUCAUUUCACUCAAACAGCAAGAUCUGAAGGCUCUUCUUCUGUGGCCAGACCUUCUCGGGGGAGACCAAAGAGAAGAAAAAUGGAUCCUGAGUACAAGCAAGGUGAAGAUACCCACUCUGGCUUCAAAGAGCUCCUGACUGCCAUCAAUAAACCCAGAAGCACUUACUCACUGAAAACUGCCAACCGCAUUUACAUGGAAAAAACUUUUGUGUUAUUGCCUGUAUACAUACAGCUCAGUAAGAAGUACUACAAAGCAGAGCCACAGAAUGUUAGCUUUAAGACAGCCAUGGAACAAUCCAGAAAGGAAAUUAACACUUGGGUUGAAAAACAAACUGAGGGCAAAAUCAAGAAUUUGCUGGGUCCACGAGAUGUGACAACCUCCACGAAGCUCGUCCUAGUAAAUGCUGUUUACUUCAAGGCAGAAUGGGAAGUGAAAUUUCCCGAAGGGAAUACAGUUGUGCAACCCUUCCGACUGAGCAAGAACAAGACCAAGCCUGUGAAGAUGAUGUGCGUAAGAAAUACAUUUCCAGUUCUCAUCAUGGAAACACUGAAUAUCAAAAUGAUUGAGUUGCCAUACUUGAAACAUGAACUCAGUAUGUUCAUCCUCCUUCCUGAUGACAUCAAAGACGCCACUACAGGUCUUGAACAGCUGGAGAGAGAACUGACGUAUGAGAAGCUGUCCGAAUGGACUGAUUCCAAGAAGAUGACUGAAACUCUUGUAGAUCUGUACCUUCCUAAGUUCACACUGGAGGAGAGAUACGAACUCAGCGAUAAAUUGAGCAGCAUGGGAAUGCACAGUGCCUUCAGCAGCAAUGCUGAUUUCAGUGGAAUGGCUGAGAAGGGUGAUAUGCUCAUCUCCAAAAUUAUUCACCAAUCUUUUGUUGCAGUUGAUGAGAAAGGCACUGAGGCAGCUGCUGCUACUGCAACUGUAGUACUAACAAGUGCACCCGUUGUCCAUGUUCUGAAAUUUAAGGCUGACCACCCUUUCCACUUCUUCAUCAGACACAACAAAUCCAAGAGCAUCCUCUUCUUUGGCAGAUUCUGCUCUCCCCUAGAAUGAGUUAUUAGUUGCUCCUAGACAGCACCCUAUGUUCACUGUUCAACAGAAAAAUAGGUAAUGCAGUGUUAAAAGCUCAACCUUAAGCCAUGUAGCCAUAUGUACUGAAAGUGUAUGUUCUUUUUCUUCCUUCCAAAGUAAGGCAGCACCCAGAAACCACCUUGUGCCUCAAAGACCACCCCUCUACUGCUCCUAAUUGUCCUAAUCAGACAACCCUCCACAGAAAACAGAGUGCAGAGUUUUGCUCCCUUGCAUCAUACCCGCUCUUCUGGCUUUGUUAUUUGGGAGUAAGGUGGAGCCAUAAAAGCUCUGUGCACACAGGCUUUCACCCAGCCUUAUGCCAAAUAUUACUCCAAGGGAAAUGUAGUUUGCCCUCUUGAAUCUCCCAGAGAGGAAAACCAGAUUGUUGGAAAUUAAAAAAAAAAAAAAA